AUGGUUAGGGCUGAUGCAGCUGUGAACAUCAAGGUGCUUCAAAAUGCCACGGCCGCACACUUUGGGUUCAGGCCUACGUACAGGAGGGUAUGGAUGGCGAAGCAGAAGGCCGUUGCCGUCAUAUAUGGGGACUGGGACGAGUCGUACAAUGAGCUCCCUAGGUGGGUUUUAGGAGUUCAGCUGACGAUGCCCGGCACUGUAGCCGUCCUCAGGACUUGCCCUGUUCGAAUAAAAAAGGCAAGAAAAGAAAUAGACACACAAAUUGGACAAGAUCGCAUUGUUGACGAAUCUGACAUUACAAACACAAGACUCCCUUACCUUCAAAACAUUGUCAAUGAGACAUUUCGAUUGCAUCCUGCAGCACCAUUAUUGGUACCACAUUACUCUUCUGAAGAUUGCACCCUAGAAGGAUAUAAGGUACCACAAAACACAAUAGUAUUAGUGAAUGCUUGGGCUAUUCAUAGAGAUCCCAAAGUGUGGAGUGACGACUCUACACAAUUUAAGCCUGAGAGGUUUGAGAAAGAAGGUGAAGCAAAUAAUCUACUUACAUUUGGAAUGGGAAGAAGAGCUUGUCCAGGAGCCAAUUUAGCACAACGUACAGUCACAUUGACUUUAGGCUUAUUGAUUCAAUGUUUUCAGUGGAAACGAAUAACAUCUCAAAAAAUUGAUAUGACCGAAGAUAAAGGACUUACCAUGCCAAAGAAAAUUCCCUUAGAAACUAUGUGUAGGUUGUGUGAUGAGCAAUUUGCAACUAGGAUUUUUUAUUCGAAAACAUUAACGCGAGAUCCUAGUUAAAGUUAUUAUAUGAAGUUCUACACUUCUACUACAUCUAUAAUGUAAAAUGAAGGGACAAAUAUGUAUGUCUUUUAAUUUGUACUCGAUGUUUGCAUUUAGUUUUAAUGUAUUU